AUGGUUAAAAAACUAGGACUGAACUUGAUACCUCAUCCUAGACCAUAUAGAUUAUUAUGGCUUAACAAUUAUGAUGAGAUUAAGGGGAAUAAGCAGGCUUUUGUACCCUUCAUAAGAGGUAGAUACACAUGUGAGGCGCUAUGUGAUAUAGUGCCAAUGCAUGCAUGCCAUGUCUUGUUAGGUAGACCAUGGCAAUUUGAUAGAAAAGCUCAUCAUGAUGGCUUUCUUAAUAGCUAUAGUUUUAUGGAGGAAGGGAGAAAAGUUACAUUGGCACCUCUUUCUCCUAAUGAAGUAUAUGAUGACCAAAGUAGAUUAGAGAAAGAAAGGGUUGACAUUGAAAAUGCCAAGCGUGUUAUUGAACCACCCAAGAAUGGUAAAGAUAGUGGUAAUCAAGCAAGUGUGCAACCUAAACUAAAAAAAGGUAGUUUGUUGGCUAAGGAAGGUGAGAUUAGGCAUGUAGUCCAUACUGAUAGGGUACUGUUUUCGGUUACUUAUAUGGAUUUAUAUUUGAACACUGCUAACCUUGAUCUUCCUUUGUCGAGUAUGUCUGCUAACCUUUUACAAGAGUUUGAUGAUGUUUUCCCUAAAGAAAUGUCAACCGGUUUACCACCAGAAAGGGGUAUAGAUCAUCAAAUCGACUUCGUGCUAAGGGCUGCCAUACCAAAAUAG